AUGAACGUUUACGAUGAGAUUUUUGAUGCGACACGAGUGUCGCACUCGGUACUAGGCCGCUUCACCUCAGAAAAGGUCGAUCAAUUGGUUUUGGCGAAAACGAAUAUACUUUCGGUUUACCAGACGGAACACGAGAAACUGGUUUUGUGCAACGAGUUUAAGCUGAGUGGCCGCAUCACAGGGAUUGCCUUGAUCCCGCAAAAAGGAAGCACUCUGCAGUGCCUCCUUGUAAGCACAGGAAUAGCCAAGUUGUCCAUAGUUCGAUUUGAUCCAUUAAGGCCAAUGGGCCUGGAAACUCUGGAAUUGCAUUAUUACGAGGACGAAUUCUCGAAACGAAGUUUGCUAGACCUUGCGCAGGAAUCGAAGUUGCGUGUAGACCCCGAAAGCAGGUGUAUAUUUCUAUGCAACAACGAUGUGCUGGCGAUCUUGCCGCUAAAAGCUAGUCUCGAAGAAGAAGAAGGAGAAGAAGAGGACGAUGAUGAGGCAGAUGACAUGUAUCAGCCACUCGAGAAAAAACGCAAAAUACAAAAUGGGCCUGUCUCAACGCCGUUGACGGGACCAAGUAUUAUAAUGCGUGUUUCUGAGCUUAGUAGGGAGAUAAAGAAUGUUGUCGACAUCCAAUUUUUAAAUUCUUUCAAUAAGCCUACUGUUGCAGUGCUGUACCAACCGCGUCUUGCCUGGUGUGGGAACGAAAAAUAUGUUUCCAAGACUUCACUAAAGCUUAUGGCCAUUACGCUAAGCGAAAAAAAGAGCACAGCCAUAUAUCAGGUUCAAAAGCUUCCUCAUGACGUUCAUUCCAUCUUGCCUCUCAACAAUUCGUGUGUGCUUGUUGGUGUGAAUCAAAUAAUCAGCGUGGAUAACACAGGUGCUGUCCAAUCCAGUAUUCAAAUCAAUCAUUUUGCCUCGGCUCUCCAAGGCGGAAAGCAAGUUGAUAAAAAAUCGCUUGAUAUUAUGCUCAAUGCACCCGUCGUUUGGACUUCCGCCAUGGUGAGUAAGAAUACUGAGAUCCUGCUUUUGAUGGACCAGAAUGCUGUGAUGUAUUCCAUAAAUCUCGAGACAGAAGGCAGGCUACUAUUGGAUUUCACGCUGGUCAAACUCCCCAUCGCAAAUGACCUUUUCAAAUCUCACCAUCUACCGACUUGUGUCACACCUUUGACAGGUGGUCUGAAUCUCAAGUCUUGCCAAUUGUUUAUAGGAUUUUCCUCUGGAGACGCUUUGAUCCUCAAGUUCAGCAAUCUGCGAUCAGCCUUCGAAUCGAGGGAAACCCACGAAAUCGAACUGCAACCUGACGAAGACGAUGACUAUGCAUCACUAUACGGCGACGAUGAAGGGCCAGUGAGGCCAUCAUCAGACAGUAAGGUACUGGUUGACACAGUACAGCCAUUGGAAGCUGAGGUCAUGGACAAGCUCAUAAAUGUUGGACCUAUCACAAGCAUGGCUGUAGGAAAGGUCUCUUCCAUCGAAAACACAAUCCAAGGACUUCCUAAUCCGAAUAGAAACGAAUUGGCAAUUGUGACGACAUCGGGCGUGGGAAACACGACGUCGCUCAACAUAAUGGAACAUAGUAUGCGUCCAUUGGUCGAACAGGCCUUGAAGUUCACAUCAGUGACCAAAAUUUGGAAUCUCAAAAUCAGGAAAAAGGAUAAGUACUUGAUUACAACAGACUCAGGAGCCGAAAAAAGUGAGCUCUACGAAAUAGGGCAGAAAAUCUCUGCCAUCAAACCAAAGCAUUUUAAAAGAAAUGUCACGACUGUUGAAAUUGUCGUGAUAGGAAGCGGAAAGCGUAUUGUUCACGUAACAACAAAAGCGAUAUUCCUCUUCAACCUAGGGUUCAAAAAGUUGAUGACAAUCAGUUUUGAUUUUGAGGUUGUGCAUGUAUCGAUUCUAGAUCCUUUCAUACUGCUUACAAACUCCAAAGGUGAAAUCAAGAUCUAUGAGCUUGACAGCAAACAUAGAAAUAAGCUUUCGAAAGUUAGACUACCCGCUGCACUUGAGGAAAUGAUUAUCACAUCUGGUGUCAUACUGAAAAGUAACAUAUGCAAUGAAUUUUUCACCGAUUUGGAUGAUCUUGAGAAAGAGAAAGAGCAGCUUCUGUUUACUUUUGUGGCCGCGGACAACCAAAUCAUAUUUUUCCCCAAGCAGCACCAUGAUCGUAUUUAUCAACUGAAUGGUGUCGACAACCUAAAUGAUAUGCUGUAUUUCAGCACUUAUCAGCUACCUGAAGAAGUUAUCCCAGAUCCAUCAAUCAAGCAAGUUAUGAUCAACCGGUUAGGAAAGGACAAUAAAGAAGAGUACCUUACCAUUCUGACGUUUGGUGGUGAAGUAUAUCUUUAUAAAAGGAUUGGAAAGAGGUUUUACAAGGCGAUGCACUGUAAUGAUAUGCAGAUUACGGGAGCGCCAGGAAACGCAUACGCGAAGGGCGUGAGCUCCAUAGAAAGGAUUGCACAUUAUGUGAAAUAUUUUAACGGAUACUCGGUGAUUCUGAUAACUGGACGCGUUCCCUAUAUCAUUAUAAAAGAAGACAGCUCUACGCCGAAGAUUCUAAAAUUUGGCAACAUACCAUUGGUUUCAUUGGCCUCUUGGGGAGCAGAGUCGGUGCUAUGUGUUGACGAUAUCAAAAAUGCAAGAAUUGCAACGUUAGAUCCGACGUUUUCUUAUGCCAAUCGGUUAGCGGUAAAGAGAAUCAACGUUGAGGACGCUCUCAACAGUUACGGCAGCUUGAAUAACGUUGCAUUCCAUGAGCGCACGGGAAUGUACAUUGUUUCUUAUAACAGAGAGAUUCCAUAUGAGGCUAUCAGCGAAGACGGGCAAAAAAUGGUUGGUUUCGACGAAAAUGCUGUGCAUGCCCGCGGGUUCCAAUCUGGUCUUCUGUUGCUGAAUCCUAGGACAUGGCAUAUAAUCGAUGUGAUUGACUUGGAAAAGAACUCUCAUAUCACUGAUAUGAAGACGAUGUUAAUUCAAACAAACUCUAGAAUGCGGCGCAAAAGGGAAUACUUGGUGGUGGGAAACACAUUUCUGAGGGAUGAAGACUACGGAACCAUGGGAUCCUUUUACCUAUAUGACGUUACAGAAGUAGUUCCUGAGCCUGGAAAGCCCGAUACCAACUUUAAGUUGAAGGAGAUUUUCCACGAAGUAUUCAGAGGUGCAGUAUCAAGCGUUUGCGAAAUCAGUGGUAGAUUUCUCAUUAGCCAAGGUCAAAAAGUCUUGGUGCGCGAUGUGCAAGAAGACAAUUCUGUGGUGCCGGUGGCCUUUUUGGAUGUCCCGGUAUUUGUUUCCGAUAUUAAGAGCUACGGCAACUUGCUUAUCAUUGGUGACGCAUCGCAAGAGUUCCAAUUCGUGGGCUUUGAUGCCGAACCUUACCGAAUGAUACCUCUGGGCAAGAGCGUGUCGAGGCUUGCAACCAUGAGCCUAGAGUUUUUGGUGAACAACGGCGACGUGUACUUUCUUGCGUCGGAUCGAAACAACAUUCUACACGUUUUGAAGUACGCCCCGGACGAGCCCAACUCGCUCUCGGGUCAGAAGUUAGUGCAUUGCACCAGCUUCAACCUGCACAGCACCAACACGUGUAUGAAGCUGCUGCUCAAGAACAACGAGUUUGCGACACAGUCCGGUGUCUCGGAGUACCAAGUUCUUGGAGCUCAGGUUGACGGUUCGAUUAUCAAGGUUGUUCCUCUAACUGAAAGUAGUUACAGGAGGUUAUACGUGGUGCAGCAACAUCUGGUGGAGAAAGAACUGCAUACCUGCGGUUUGAACCCGAAAAUGGAGCGUCUGCAAAACAAUUUCUACUCUCUGGGACAUGCUUUAAGACCCAUGCUGGAUUUCACGAUAAUCAAGAGCUACUGUUCACUGCCCAUUAGUAGAAGAAAACAGGUGGCUGCGAAAGCUGGUCGUCAAGCAGACUUUGAAAUAUGGAGAGACCUGAUAAAUGUGGAAUAUUCCACCAGAUCUCUGUGCUACUGA